AUGGAAAUGAAUAAAAGAACAACUCUCCGCAUUAAGGCAACCAUACCAGAUCUCCAAAGUUUAAUGAUCCUUCAGGGGUUGAUGCCCAACUCCAUCCAAAGGAAGUUUACGCUCAAAUAUGGGGGGAUUCUUGAUCUCUUAAGAGUCCCUGUGAAGGCAGAGGCAGUUACUGCCUUAGCUCAGUUCUAUGAUCCGCCCUUGCGGUGUUUCCUCUUUCAAGACUUUCUCCUAGCCCCCACGCUAGAAGAGUUUAAAUUAUAUGUAAAUGUCCCCAAAAAUAGAAAGGGACCAUACAUGGGAAUGGGGCAGAAGAUAAAUCCCAAAGAUUUGGCAAUGACUUUAGGGAUAUCCCCUAAGGACCUUCUGUUACAUUAUAAGGAAGAUAAGGAUGUCCAAGGUCUUAGGAGGAGUUACUUGGAAGGGGUAGCCCGAAGAAUGGCUGGGACAGAAAGGUGGGGUUCAUAUAUUGACGGUAUGGCUUUAAUAAUGUUUGGGAUAGUCCUCUUUCCUAAUGUGGGUGACUUCGUGGAUGUCUCGACCAUCAGUAUCUUUUGGGCUGUGAAAAAUCUAGAGGUGGAUCCAGUGCCUGCUCUACUAGCUGACGUCUACUAUACCAUGAGCAUUUGCCAUAGUAAGGAUAAGGGAGCCCUGCGCUGUUGCAUUCCAUUAUUGUACCAAUGGUUUGCCUCACAUCUUUAUAGGGACAUCCAUCUAAUAGAGACCAAGGGUAAUCACGCUUGGGCUCAAAAUCUGGCAUCCCUAAAUGAAGGAUCUAUCCUCUGGUAUCCAAAGGAGAUAGAUACCAGGGACAUAAUCAUCAGUUGUGGGAGUUUUCCCAAUGUACCCCUCAUUGGUUCCAAGGGGUGCAUUAACUACAAUCCAGUACUGGCUCUAAGACAGUUGGGUCACCCCAUAUGGGAGAGGCCUAAAGAAGAUGAGAUAGAGGAGUUUAUCUUACAUGGUGGAGAAGCUUCAUAUAGAGAACAACUUAGGAAGGUUACUCGGGCGUGGGAAAAUGUGUAUGUCAAGGAUAACAAGCCAAAGAGGAAGGAUACUUCAUCCGGAGAGUCUUACACCCCUUGGAUUAAGGAAAGGGUAUGUCUAAUUAAGUUACCUUUCGUGAUUGACCAAACUUAUGUUCCAGACACACCUAACCCUGUUACAAUGUCCACUGAGGAGGUCGACCGUCUCAAAGGCACUAUUGCUAUGCUAGAACAAGAUAAGGAAAUCCUAGAACAUAGUCUUUAUGACGCAACCUAUGAAAAGAACCAGAUAAGCUAUGACCUGGAGCAGAAGGACAGACAACUCCUUGAGAAUAUGGAUGAACUCCGGACUGAAAGAAGUAAAAGACAAAAGACUUUAGGGGGUUUAUUCAGUGCCGGAGUUAACUUUGAAAAUCUCAAUGGUAAGUUAAAAGAGGCCCAAGCUGAAGGUCAGAGGUGGAAGAGGGCAUGGGAGCUUUCCACAUGGGAACAACAGGAAAGAGAAAACAUUGUAAUGAAUCAAAUCCAGGGAUUCGAAGAGGUGCUUAGAAAAUCUUAA